UCUCUCUCUCUCUCUCCUGCUCUCUCCAGCUAUGCUCACUCCCUCUUCUUCGUUCCUCUUCCUCCUCCUCCUCUUCCUCCUCCUCCUCCCAGCCGCCCACAGCCGAAAGCUUCUCCAAGAUCCCUUCUUUCCCUCAACCCAAUCACCACCGCCGGCGAAACCUCCCGCCGCCCCCUUCACCAAAUACCCCUUCUCCUCCGACUCCCCUCCUUUCUUCCCUCAAUUCCCUCCCCCUCCUCCUCCCUUUUCGUCUUCCAACCAGCCCACCUUCCCCGCCAACAUCUCCUCCCUCGUUUUCCCCAAUUCCUCCACCUCUUCUCGCCGCCGAUCCUCCUCCGCCAAACUCUCCGCCGCUGUCCUGCUCCCCCUCCUCACCUUCUCCAUCAUCUCCCUCACCCUCGCCUUCUACCUCCGCCGCCGCUCCCGCAGUGCCAGCAGUGCCACUCAUUCCCCUCCUCCUCAAAAGGCCAACCUUUUCCCUCCCAAUCAUUCCGACGUCUGUGAAACCGGUAGCUCCCCUGAGCUCCGGCCGCUGCCUCCUCUGUCCAGACAGGUCCAUCACCACAAUGCCGAUGUACGGUGCUCCUCGCCAUCGGAGGAGUUCUACUCACCGAGGAACUCUUCGUUGGGAAGGGGUUCGAGCUCCCAAAAGGAAUUCCCAACGGCGGCCAUGGAGGCUUGCGUGUCGGGUAACGAGACAUUGAGUACCACUCCAUCAUAUCCCUCCUCUGGCUCCGAAUCUCGCUCGCCGCGGGCGAUGUCUCCGCCGUCGGGCUGGAGCCCGGAGAAAUCGACGGCGAAGUCUAUGAGUUUGAGAUCUAGUAGCGGAGGAUUUAAGGCUAUGAGCUCGCCGGAAAUGUCCUCGCCUUCAAUUCCGGAGCCGACGGGGAAGACAGUAAAGCAACCUUCUCCGAUUUCUUCUUCGGUUGAGAAGAAGUCAGAUCUGAAGUCAAGUGAACUGAUAGUUCCCCUGCAGAAGAAUAAAAGCUCAUCUUUUGAAAAUCUUCAGCUUGUGGAGAGAAAUGGGGAGGUUGAGGCCAAUCCGUUGAAAUCCACGCCAGCACCACCUCCGCCGCCGCCUCCGCCGCCGCCUCCGCGCGCUGGAUAUUGGGAGAGUAAAAUAAGAAGAUCUCUGUUGAACAGUCCACCUUCUCUCGUCUCUCCAAACCCGAUCGCUUCCACCAAAUUUGCAGAGAUCCAUUUAGAGAAUCAGGAGAAGAAUGAGGAGACACCUCGGCCGAAACUGAAGCCCCUACAUUGGGACAAAGUGAGAGCUAGCUCAGAUCGAGCAAUGGUGUGGGAUCAGCUCAAAUCAAGCUCUUUCCAGGUGAAUGAGGAGAUGAUCGAGUCCUUGUUCCUCUGUAAUGGAACUAACAGCAAAUCGAAGGAGACGAAGAAGACGCAGUUGCUCCCUUUGCCCAAACAAGAGAACAGAGUUCUUGAUCCAAAGAAGUCUCAGAACAUUGCCAUAUCGCUGAGGGCUUUAAAUGUCACUAAGGAGGAGGUCUGCGAGGCCUUGUUGGAAGGGAACACUGAGGGCUUGGGAACUGAACUUUUGGAGACUCUUCUUAAGAUGGCCCCUAGCAAGGAGGAAGAGGAUAAGCUGAGAGAAUACAAUGAUGACUCCUCCAUCAAGCUUGGUCCAGCUGAGAAGUUCCUCAAGGCUUUGCUUGAUAUUCCUUUUGCAUUCAAGAGAGUAGAUGCAAUGCUUUACAUUGUCAAUUUUGAUUCUGAGGUCAAUUACCUUAAAAAGUCCUUCGAAACUCUCGAAGUGGCCUGCGAAGAGCUCCGAAGCAGCAAACUGUUCCUGAAGCUGCUGGAAGCCGUUCUGAAAACUGGCAAUCGGAUGAACGUCGGAACUAACCGCGGUGACGCUCGUUCUUUCAAGCUCGACACCCUCCUCAAGCUCGUCGACGUCAAGGCGGCCGACGGCAAUACCACCCUCCUCCACUUCGUCGUCCAAGAGGUCAUCAGAGCAGAGGGCUCUCGCCUCUCCUCCACCACCACCACCACUACCACCCAACCAAACUCCCUCCGCGACGACCUCGAGUGCUGUCGCCGCGGCCUCCAUGUCGUCGCAGGCCUCGGCAGCGAACUCAGCAAUGUCAAAAAGUCAGCUUCCAUGGACUCCGAUGUUCUCAGCAGCUACGUCUCCAAACUCGCCGGAGGAAUCAGUAAGAUAGCAGAGGUUCUGAAACUCGCCGGAGAUGGAGACCAGAGGUUCAAUGAAUCCUUGAGGAGCUUCAUGAAGAAGGCAGAGGAUCAGAUCAUACAGGUUCAGGCUCAGGAGAGCGUCGCACUGUCCUUAGUGAAGGAGAUAACAGAGUACUUUCAUGGCAACUCUGCCAAGGAAGAAGCUCAUCCUUUCAGGAUCUUCAUGGUGGUUAGGGAUUUCUUGUGCAUUCUUGAUCAGGUUUGCAGGGAGGUGGGGAAAAUAACGGAUAAAACCAUUGCGAGCUCCAUUCGACAGAUUCCGGUGCCGGUUAACCCUAAUCUGCCCUCUCUGUUCCCAAAGCUUCGAGCUUUGAGGCCGGAAAGCUCUGACGAGGAGGGCUCGGCGUCGCCAUUGUCGUCCUAGUGGUUAGUUAGAUUGAAAAAUGUUAUCUUGGAGGAGAUGGAUGGCUCCAUGAGGCAAAAUUUUGCUGGUUGUGAUGUUAGAAAGCCAGCACUGUCUUUCUAGUAGAUUCAGGGUUCUUUAUAUAAAUUUUUUUUUUUUUUGGAUGUCUGUAAAAUGAAUGUAAGAGAUUUUCAAAUUCUUUAUGGUAAUGUUUAUGUAGAGGAAGAAAUAAAAUUUUAAAAUGCGGAUGGUAA